AUGCUCAUACCUUUUCUCCACAAACGUCUCAGCCGUGACAAACCUGGAGAGUCGUCGACACAGGGGGAACAUGACACGCCACCAUCCGGCAGCCGACGGUUCGAGGGCACCAGCCGCUAUGAACGUCUUUGCUAUGACGAACUCGUGAGGGCUGGCGCCCGGCCGGUCAUGCCGUCUGAUAUCCUGAAAACCGUCACAGACAUCAAUUUCCCCCAUGGAGACCUACUUGCGCCGUGGCUAGACGACACCUGGUCAGACAUUCGGGAUGGCGAAGUGCCUCCGGUAUUCUCAGCGCAGCUAGAUGACUGGGAGACAUUCAAGCACAAAUGGCAGUGGGACCACCGGGGCAAGUACAAGGGGAAGGAAGGCUUCGCCGGCUUCAUCGAGUCGCAAAGAAAGAAGCGAUUGCGCGAGGGAAAGCCGAAGGGCUUGUCUGAACCCUCGUUGGAGGAAAUGAGGCGUCUAUGGGAGUGCGAACCGAGAUUUCUCGAAACGUCCGGCCACGAGGGCUUCGCUGAAUACGAUCGGGCACUCCAUGUACUCCUCCAUGCUUGCCAAUUUAGGAAGCCGUUCCAGCUUUCCGAAGACCCACGUCAGCAAGACAGAUGGACCACCUAG